AUCAAUGAAGAGCGCUGUGAGAAGCUGAGACACAUCUUGUCGGAAAGCAGAUCUCGUCUUUACCUCAUACUUGCUUCCCGGAAGAAAACAGCCUGAAAGGUCUGAACAGAGGAUUUUCACUUGCUGGAAAUACCAGCACUAUGAAGAGGCCAGGGUGCAUGGCGGCCAAAAGCAGGACAUUGUAGGCGUCCAGGGGAGACCCAGGGUGGCAAUGGAACGUGACGAUGGGCAGGGACUCUUUGAGGAUCCAGACUUUCCCCCACUGGAGUCCUCCCUCUUCUCCGACUACACCACCCCCAUCUCCAAGUUCUGUGGGGAUAUCGUAUGGAUGCGCCCGCAGGCAAUCUGUCAGUCACCCAAACUGUUUCCUGAGAAUCCCAAGGAUGGCCAUGCAAAGCAAGGGAUUUUGGGAGACUGUUGGUUCCUAUGCGCCUGUAGCAUGCUGCUGAAGAACAAGCUCCUGAUGGACAAGGUGGAUGCUGUGUUUCAGGUGGUCCCUUUCGGGCAGCCUCAGUGGGGAGAAUGUGGAUACACGGGCCGGUUCAGAUUCAGCUUCUGGCAGUUUGGGUGCUGGAUAGAUGUAGAGAUAGAUGAUCAGCUGCCCUGCAUUGGUGCCAGACUGUGCUUCUCUCACUGCCAGUCUCCCAGUGCCUUCUGGGUGGCCUUGCUGGAAAAAGCCUAUGCCAAGCUUCAUGGUUCGUACGAGAAGCUCUGGGCUGGGCAAGUGGCAGAGGCUCUGGUUGAUGUCUCGGGGGGACUGGCCGAGCGAUGGAGCCUGAAGGAAGUGGGGAAGGAGCUGAGACAGCAGGGAGAGGAUGACAUCGUUCAGAAGAAAUUCAGUCUGAGCAGCCUGGUGGGAGUGGGUGACAGAUGUGUGAUGAGCUGCUCAGUUCAUAGCUCUCCGGGAGGUGCCGGUGAGCUGGGGCAGUUCCACGCCUUCAGUGUGAUGGAAUGGGUGGAGCUGCAGAGCCGCGGAAUUCGCCUGUUGAGGAUCCGAAACCCCUGGGGCCGCCGCUGCUGGGGUGGUAUCUGGAGCGAGGGUGGUGAGGGCUGGAACCAAUUGGAACCAGGCUGUACUGAAGAGCUGUUAGGCCGUACUGAGGAGGGGGAAUUCUGGAUAGAAGAAGGGGAGUUCCUCAAGGAAUUUGAUGAGGUCACAGUGGCAUAUCCAAUCAGUGAGCAGGGAUUUCUUCAGAGUAUUCACACUGGAAGGGAGUUAGUUCACUCCAAUCAGGUGUGUGGCUCCUGGGUUAAAGGUCGUUCUGCAGGUGGUUGCCGUAACAACAGCAGUUUUGCCACCAACCCCAAGUUCUGGCUGCGCAUUAGUGAGUCGGGAGAAAUACUGCUGUCCCUGCUGCAGCACCAGAGAUGGAGACUGUGUGCUCUCAGUGUUAGGGGCACUGCUCGGCCUGACCUUUGUUCACUCAACUUUCAAAGAGAAGGUAGAGAGGAGAAUAUGCCGAUGGACAGUAGCAAACAACACCACCUCCAAGCCAUAGGCCUGCAUUUAUGGAAGGUAGAAAAGAAGCGUUUUAAUCUGGCAAAGACCCUCAAUACACCCCCCUGUGCCUCUACACACUGCCAUGCCUAUGACAGAGAAGUGACACUGCACACCCAACUCUCUGCCGGAUUCUACCUCCUCAUUCCCAGCACUUUCCUGCAGGAAGCCGAAGCCGGUUUCCUUCUGCGCGUCUUCUCCAAUGCCCCUGUGACUCUAAGUGCACUGAAAGCCCCCCCUUCCCCUACAGGGGACCUAGCAGCCUCGGUCCAGGAGGGAGAGUGGGAGACCAGCUGCUCCGAGGGCCAGUGGAUCCCUGGGGCCACUGCAGGGGGCAGCAGGAAUUUCCCCUCUCACCUGUCAAACCCCCGUGUACCGUUUACUGUGAACUGUGAGCCCAGAGGGGCCAACGUGAGGAUCACUCUGCAACAGCACUGCCCUGCCAAAGACUGCCAGCCCAUUGGCUUCCAUGUUUAUCAGAUUUCAGAAGAGGGCAGAGAACCACAAAUCUCCCAAGAUCAAGAGCCUCAGGCCAGCUGUGUCCCCCAUCGCUACACUCAGGAAGUCAGCCUACUCUGCAGCCUGGCCCCAGGGCACUACAUCAUUGUCCCCUCUACCUACCAACCUGACUGCCAGGGCUGCUUCAGUGUCACUGUGGCUCGCAAAAUAGACAGAAAAGCGGUGGAAAGUAAAGAGAACCUGGGUAGAAUCAUACAAGAGGUUUCCUACAUCUCUGUGAUGCGCAGCUAGCACCGGAGCACCGGCGCGCCCGGCCGCUGACGUGGGCUCAGCCCUCUGGCUCGGGAUGAAAGGGAACUGGGCCAGCGAAGCCGGGAGCCUUUAUUUGCUGCCAAGGUCCGGCUGUAGCGAUUAGCACAUCGCAGGCCCGUCCGUUGCCCUGGCACUAAUCUGAGGCGACGUGACUCGGCGGUGUAAACAAACAGCCCCGAUUGAAGAGGCCCGCUCUGCGCUGCUCAUCCGCGACCCGAACAAAGGCAGCACUCAUGGAGCGCCCAGGAGCUUAAAACAAGAGCGAGAAACCGCACCCCUGGGCUCCUCAAUCCAAGCGAUGGGACACCCCCCUUUACUGAACCAGAGGGAGAGGGGGCUUUCAAGGCGCCGCCGCAGGGACAGAUGACAGGCAGAGAGUCCGGCCUCCGGCACCCCAAACGGGGCCGCCACGCUUGAAAGUGGCCGCCGGACACUGGGUGCCGCACGCAUUGGUGGAAGAGGCGGCAGUCAUCGAUGGGAAUUUUCCAUGUGUGGCUGGAUGGCCGAGAAUUUUACGUGCAACUGCAGUGAAAACGCUUUCCCCCUCCCCCCUGCUUCUCUUUCAUUUCAGAUGUUGUUUUUUCCAUGAUGAGGCUCAGGAUGCAAUACCUGCAAUACCCAAGCACGUUUUAGAGGCUCCCAAUCGACUGAAGAUGAUCCUGCUUUAUUUUAGUUCAGCUUCUACAGUUUACCAUCUCAUGUUAAUUAGGCAUCGUAAGGACCUCAUUUACCAUGUUGACCAUUUUCACUGUUUUCUUUUUCCUUUGUGUUAGGUCAUGUUUUCUUUCAUCUGUCUUUUGCCUCUUUUUCUUUUCUGUCAGAACAAGAUAAGCCUUAAUUAACUGGCACAUAUUAAAAAAAUGAAGUUUCAAAGAGAAUUUCACACUCUCUCUUGGCUUUUGCGUUUGUGAGCAGGUCUCCUCAAUGAUAUGAUGUGUCAAAAUGCAAAAAUGAAAAUUGUUUGACAUUUAAUAUGUAUUGAUAUUUUUGUCAAUUUUACAACUGACAAAUAGUUUGUUGUACACUUUCAGAAUAUUUGCUAAAUAUUCUGUAUUGUAUAAAAGGACACUGGUGUGUUUUCUCAGCAUUUCAUGAUGGUCAGAUAGCUUAUGUAACAGUGCAGCCAUAUCAAGGCAAAACAGUUAAACCUUAAGUUUUCAGAUGUUUGUGGAACAUUGGUUGAUCUGUAUUUUUACAACUUUACAAUAAAUCUCUGAAGUUUUAUAGUGUUACAUUUCUUGCCUUAGAUCUUAAGUCUCGAAUGAUUCUUAAUGGAGGAGUAUUAAACAAAUCAAAGUUCAAGGUUUUAUGCAAGAGUAGCUACUUUAAAAGAACAAUAAAACAAAACACCUUUUGUUUUUAA